AUGUGUGGUAUUUUCGCUACUUUCAGACACGAAGAUGUCCAGGCUUUCAAGCCUCGGGCUUUGCAGCUAUCCAAGAGAAUCAGACACAGAGGUCCAGACUGGUCCGGUAACAUCAUCAAGAACAGCACCAUCAUGGCCCAUGAGAGAUUGGCCAUUGUCGGUCUUGACUCUGGUGCCCAGCCAAUCACCUCCCCAUGCGGUGACUACAUUCUUUCCGUUAACGGUGAAAUCUACAACCACAUCCAACUGAGAGAGGAGUGUCCAGAAUACCAAUACAAGUCCCUGUCAGACUGUGAGCCUAUCAUCCCAAUGUACUUGAAAUACGACCUCGACGCCCCCAAGCACCUCGACGGUAUGUUCGCCUGGUGUCUAUACGACGCCAAGAAGGACCGUAUCGUCGCCGCAAGAGACCCUAUUGGUAUCACCACGUUGUACAUGGGCCGUUCCUCCAUGUGCCCCAAGACGGUCUUCUUUGCCUCCGAGUUGAAGUGUUUGACCGACGACUGUGACAACAUCAUCGCGUUCCCUCCAGGCCACGUCUACGACUCUGAAACGGACAAGAUCACCAGAUACUACACUCCAAACUGGUUGGACGAAACAAAGAUCCCAUCGACCCCAGUCGACUUGAAACAAAUCAGACAUACUUUGGAAAAAGCCGUCAGAAAAAGACUGAUGGCAGAGGUCCCAUACGGUGUUCUUCUAUCCGGUGGUCUGGACUCCUCCUUGAUUGCCGCCAUCGCCGCAAGAGAGACUGAGAAGGCCAACAAGGAGUUGGACCCAAGGAAAUACGACGAACAAGAGGAGGCAGAGGGACACCAUCUGGCCGGUAUCGACGACGAGGGGAACUUGUUGUCCGCCACAUGGUCCCGCCUACACUCCUUCGCCAUUGGUCUGCCAGGUGCUCCAGACUUGGUUGCCGCAAGAAAGGUCGCCAAGUUCAUUGGCUCCAUCCAUCACGAACACACGUUCACCCUACAAGAGGGUCUGGACGCCCUAGACGAUGUCAUCUACCACUUGGAGACCUACGACGUCACGACGAUCAGGGCAUCGACACCUAUGUUCCUGCUUUCCAGAAAGAUCAAGGCACAAGGUGUCAAGAUGGUUUUGUCUGGUGAAGGUUCCGAUGAAAUCUUCGGUGGGUACUUGUACUUCGCACAGGCUCCAUCUGCUGCUGAGUUCCACACCGAGUCGGUCAAGAGAGUCAAGAACUUGCAUUUGUCUGACUGUCUAAGAGCCAACAAGUCGACGAUGGCGUGGGGGCUAGAGGCCCGUGUCCCAUUCUUGGACAAGGAGUUCCUAGACUUGUGUAUGAACAUCGAUCCAAAGGACAAAUUGAUCAACCAGAAGGAGGGCCGUAUCGAAAAGUACAUCUUGAGAAAGGCCUUCGACACUUGCGACGAACCAGAUGUCAAGCCAUACUUGCCUGAAGAGAUCCUUUGGAGACAAAAGGAACAAUUCUCCGAUGGUGUCGGCUACUCCUGGAUUGAUGGGUUGAAGGACACCGCCGAGACAGUGAUCAGCGACGAAAUGUUCGCUGCUCCUAAGGCCCACUGGGGUAUCGACGUUCCAACGACCAAGGAGGCGUUCUGGUACAGACUGAAGUUCGAUGCGUUAUUCCCACAACCAACCGCUGCUGAAACCGUCAUGAGAUGGAUUCCAAAGGCCGACUGGGGUUGUGCCGAGGACCCAUCUGGGAGAUUCGCCAAGAUCCACGAACAACACGUCGAGGACGCCUAA